CUUCAUUCUCCUAGGGUUGUACAGGCCACCAUCUACUUUUAUGAAGAAACUCAGUCGUCUCUUCCCUCAAUGCCACCCCCCUUUGCCUCAUAACCACCAUCACUUCUAUUUUGUCUGAAUACUCCUCCCCUACGCCGACUCCCACCCGUACAAAAGGAACUCAAUUGCCCCUCUUCCGAUUCUCGCUCGUCAUCCCCCUACUAUAUCGUAACCCCUUAACUCUUGUACGCAAUCGGAUAGUACCAUCUUUAAAUAAUAUAUCUAUAAAAGGAAGAACUUUCUACACAAGUAAUCACAAUAUUAUCCUAUAUUAGCACUUAAUCAGCUGUCCAGCCUGUCCUUCGAUCACCAGGCCGGGUCCUGCAUGCCUAACAUUUCAGCCAAAACCAAAUUUUCACGGGGGAGAAGAAACUUUAACCUGAAUUUUCAUCGAUACUCCCCAAACUCCUUCCUUCCUAUGCCCUCCUAAAACUACCAUUAUAUACACAAGGCCGUAAACCAGCUUCAACUCCACGCCCAUAUUAGUCUACAACUCCAAAAUCUACCGAUGGGAACCAACUCUGUAGAAGAAGAAGCCAGUCAUGUCGUCACGAUUUGGGAGGUCGACAAGGAGCGCCUAGCCCAGAUGGAAAAGAGGAUCUCCGACACAACCCCACAAUUACUCAGCAUAGCCGCCGGUAGAAGCACUUGUUGCAUCUUCAGAGUCCCCCAGAGCCUAAUCGACAUCAACGGCAAGUCGUACCAGCCUCGUAUAGUCUCCAUCGGGCCCUACCACCGCGGCCAGCCUAAACUCCAAAUGAUGGAGGAGCACAAGUGGCGGUACCUCCGUUCCUUACUCUCCAGGACGAAGGAAGCCAAAGGUAUAACCUUAGAGGACUACUUGAAAAGCAUACACCCACUGGAAAAGGAUGCCAGAGAGUGUUAUUCAGAGAACAUCCACCUCGGCACAGAUGAGUUCCUCGAAAUGAUGGUUCUUGAUGGUUGUUUUAUGCUUGAAUUGUUUCGCAAGGUUGACAAUACAAAACUGUUCGAGCCCGAAGACCCUAUCGCGACUAUGGCGUGGAUAUUACCGUUUUUCUACAGGGACUUUCUCCGGCUCGAGAAUCAGAUCCCGUUCUUUGUUCUCGAACGGUUGUUUGAAACUUCCAAAACGCCUGACGAGGAGUCCGGUCCGUCCCUGUCCUUGCUCGCUAUGCGAUUCUUCAACAACAUAAUGCAAAGACCGGACCCAGUCAUAGAGACGUGCCACGAUCUCAAAGGCUUGCAUUUGUUGGACUUGGUUCGGUCAAGUUUUAUCCCACGCGAUGAAGAAUCGCCACCACACGAAGUCAACACACCCACCCAUAUUAUUCACUGCGUCUCGAAGCUCCGCCGAUCGGGGAUCAAGCUCAAUCCGGGGAAGGCGGAGAGCUUCCUGGUGGUGAAUUUCAGGCGCGGUGUGAUUGAUAUGCCCACCAUAACCAUCGACGACUUCAUGAGCUCCUUCUUGGUGAACUGUGUGGCGUUCGAGCAGUGCCACAACGGCGGCUCUAAGCACUUUACCACUUACGCUACUUUCUUGGAUUGCCUUGUUAACACCGCCAAGGACGUGGAGUACCUUUGCGACCGCAACAUCGUUGAGAACUACUUUGGAACUGAGGCCGAAGUUGCGCGCUUCAUCAACAAUUUGGGGAAGGACGUGGCGUUUGAUAUUAAUCUUUGUUAUCUGUCGAAAUUGUUCAAUGACGUGCAUGAAUAUCACGGGAACAGUUGGCAUGUGCAGUAUGCCAGCUUCAAGUAUACGUAUUUUAAAACGCCGUGGUCGUUCAUUUCGGCAGUGGCUGCGCUUGUGCUCUUGGUGCUUUCGUUUUUGCAGACCUUCUACACCAUCUAUCCUAGUCAUCACUAAACGCGCGCUCCCGUUCUGGCUGCCCCCUCCACACGAUAAAAACUUUUUUGGUAAUAGAAUUUAGACUUUAGGGGGAUCAUGGAUGUUAAGAGUGUAAGGUUCUCGGAAUUUGUUGUGGGAGUUCUGAGUUCUUAUAUAUAGUGGUAAUUAUUUGUGGAUGCAGAUGUGAUUUAUUAAUUCCUGAAUGAUAUUUUUGUUAUUUCAAAA